CUCCCGGGCCGCGUCUCCUCCAGCAGUCAGUGGAGCAGCGCUCUGUGGAAAGUUGAGUCUCUCCGGCGGCGUCGUGCUGUUCCCUGCUGUCAGUCGGUCCUCUCUGCUCCAACAUGCGUCUCCUCCUGCAGACAUGGGAUUUAUAACCGCGGGCUCUGCUGCUGCUUCUGUCCGUGUUCUGGUCUCCUUCAGCCGGGGAAAACCUGCAGCGCGUCUCAGAGUCUGAGCGUUUUUAUCUCCACCGGUCCGCGUUUAUUCCCCCUUUCAUUCAUUUGUUUGCUGGCGCCUCAUUUAUGGACCACAGAAGCUCCGAGUGAGAGUGUUUGUCAUUUCCGUUCGCACCGCUGAAGAUGGAGACAGUGAUGGAGAGGGAGUGCAGCGCGCUGGGGGGGCUCUUCCAGACUGUCAUAGGAGACAUGAAGGGCAGUUACCCUGUCUGGGACGACUUCAUCAGCAAGGCCAGCAAACUACAAUCACAGCUCAGGACGACAGUUGUCGCGGUAGCAGCCUUCCUAGAUGCCUUCCAGAAGGUGGCCGACCUUGCAACUAACAGCCGAGGAGGGACCAGGGACAUCGGUUCAGCCCUGACCAGGAUGUGCAUGAGGCACCGCAGCAUCGAGGCCAAACUCCGCCAGUUCUCCAUGGUGUUUCUGGACUGUCUGAUCAACCCUCUACAGGAGCAGAUGGAGGAGUGGAAGAGAGUAGCCAACACUCUGGACAAAGACCAUGCCAAAGAGUACAAGAAGGCCCGUCAGGAGAUCAAGAAGAGAUCCUCAGACACUCUGAAGCUGCAGAAGAAAGCAAAGAAAGCUGAUGUAUUUGGUAAUCGUAGACCUGAAGGGCUCCGAGUGCACCUGGUCCUACCAAACUCCGCCCUCCUCACCGAGCACAUCCAGGAAGUCAAGCAUGUGCAGCAGCCUGAACAGUGUGAACAGCAGCGACUCUCGCUCCAGCGGCUCACACUGCCACUCCCCAACCUCCCAUUUCCGUUACCGUGCCUCCUCCUCCUCUUCCUCCUCGGUGCUCCCCCAGCAGACGCCGGCCCGUCUCUCCUCAGUCUCCUCCCACGACUCUGGCUUCAUCUCCCAGGAUGCCUUCCAGUCCAAAUCCCCUUCACCGAUGCCUCCGGAAACCUCGCAGUUGUCAAAUGGUUUUGACCAUCACGCUGCCCUCUGUCUGCACGGAAUGGUACUGCAGGCCCAGGACACCCACCUCCACCCUCCAUACUUCACCUACUCCUCCUCCUCCACCACCACCUCUCCCAUCUCCUCGCCCUCCUAUUCGUCCGUUUCUCCCACGUGGCCGUGGUCUCGCUCAGGCUCCGGCCAGUCAGGGGACUUCCUGCCUCUCGGCAGCCCCACGGGGCUCGGAGUGAUCCCGUCAUCCAGAGUCCCGUCCUGGAAGGACUGGGCCAAACCGGGCCCAUAUGACCAGUCAAUGGUCAACACCCUGAAGAGGAGCAAGGACAGGAGAGACACUACAGAUCCCAGCAGCCACCAGGGCGCUGACAUCACCACACCAGGGGAGGAACCACAAGGGGUUAAAGGAAGCCACCAUGUGACCUCACACAAGGAGGACAGGGAGGCCCACGAGGAGUUGGCCAGAGCGCUGGCCCGAGGCCUCCAGCUGGACAUCCACGGCUCCAGCAGAGACUCACUGCAGGGCUCCAGCGGCUACAGCAGCCAGACCAACACACCCUGCUGCUCCGAGGACACCAUCCCCUCACAGGUAUCCGACUGUGACUACUACUCUGUGGGGGCGGAUCAGGAAGGCGAGCCGCAGCAGUCCUCAGACUUCGAUAAAUCCUGCACCAUCCCCAGAAACAGCGACAUCAGUCAGUCGUACCGCCGUAUGUUCCAGUCCAAGCGUCCCGCCUCCACUGCUGGGUUGCCCUCCAACCCCUCUGCCAUAAUCACCCCGGGAGUCGCCACCAUCCGACGGACACCAUCCUCCAAACCCAACCUGCGACGGCCCUCUGGGGGCCUUAGCUUGGGCCCCAUCCCCAUCAAGCCCCCCAUGAUCCCAGUCAAGACCCCCACUGUGCCUGAACAUCCCAGUUUCCCCAGCAGGGCGGUGUCAGAGGAUGGCAACGCACAGCGAACCCUGCUCAGCCCACCGACCACCCCUUUGUCACCAGGCAACAGCGGGCCAUUAUCACAGAGGGCCGGCACCUGGGAGACCCAGCACCAGGGCGAGGGGUCGGAUCCUCCCACCCCGCCACCGCAGCCCAGUGGCCGGGUGUCAGAGUGGGAGCGCCAGCCUCUCCCGGAGCUCCUGGAGGAGACAGAAUAUGGCGAGGUGGAGGACUUCCUGGUGGCUAUCCGACGAGGCGUCAGGCUCAAGAGGGCGAUGACCAACGACCGUUCGGCGCCAAGUAUUCACUGAGACUAGAAGGGUUGGUUUGACUUGAGCCAUUUUGCGUCCCUGGUUGAAUUUCAGCCAAAAAAAAAGGGGACACAAAAUGGUUAAGCAAAUGCAAACGGGAGCUAUGACGUCUAAUGGACGCCGAGGAUAGGAGGAAGUUGCCCGGAGAGUCUGAACAAGGAUCAGUUUUUAAAUUGUUUUAACAAAACUUUGAAGAUAUUUGAUCGUGGUGCAGUGAGUUCAUUACAGAAAUGCCAAAUUUAAAUGAAGGUUUUUGAGUUUCUGAAUUCAAACAAAUGUGGGCAAAAGGGAGACGUUUCUUGUUUGAAAAGUGUUGAAGGAGAAUCUAAAUCCUGCCAGUAGACUCAUUUUUCUAGCUUGGGAAACUGACUGAAGCACUUCUCUCCUUUAACAAAAACAACCUGUGGCCUCUUGCAGGUUGCAACUAUCAGUAUCGCACUUGGCUAAUUCCAGUUGAGUUCCCCACUGAAGAUACUACUGGGAACACAGAUGCUGAUCCGAGAUCAUUUCCCCCUGGGCAACUUUAGUAUAUAUAUAUAAAUAAGAGAGAAAAUGCGAAAGGACAUCCUUGUUGAACAAUAGCGAGAUGUACGAGGUCAUUCUUGUAGCAGAAAUUACUUAAAUGAAACAUUAAGUAAAUGUUAAUGCGUGUAGUAUUGGGAUUAAGAGACGGUAGAUGAUGUAGGGAAAAGUUCUGGAAGAGGUGAGAAUGAACUGGAAGGGAUGAUUUUCGAAAGAUCAAAUCAUUAUUUGUAUGUACAUAUUUAUAUUUUGAUGUGUUUGUACGUUUUGUUGGUCAUACGGUCCUUUUACGCCCCCGUAGUCUCCCAUUUCCAUUAAAAGGUGCCAAAAGCCUGUGUGCUGAAUUUAACUUAAAUAUAAUUUAAUUGCUGGAUUUUGUUUUCUGUAAAAACAUAGCUAGGGUGUUUGAUGAUAAAGACAGACAGAAAGAACACAAACUGAACGAGUAUUUGUAUACGUAGGGUAGCAUAUUGAAGAGUGCCGUGUAACCAUUCACAACUAAACUUUUAGUUGUUACAGUUAUUAAUACCACAUACAGUAGAUUGACCUGCAUGUUCUUAAAGUCCCCCCCCCCAGUAUAAACAAAUCAUUCUGGCUUUAUAAAACAAGUUAAGCCCAUGUCCCAGCAGUGGAUCAGCAGUAGUGGAUCAGGAACUGCGGAUGCCAACAACUUGCUAGAUUCAGUCUGCUCUACAAAACAAUGUCCUGUCUUUGAGUCUUUUAACUGAAAAUCAAAAGGUAUUAUAGGGAGUAUGUUUGAUAGUGGGUCAUAUUUGCUCUUUUUGUAAUUUGUUUUUUAUUUCUGCAUUAUUUUUUACAGCAUUUAUUUUCUUUAAAUGGACUCAAAGACCGGUAUUAUAGCUGUUAAUUACUGCAGACAGACCUGUCUGUGACUUUGUUGGCCUCCAGGUUCACCAGCCCCUCCGUCCUUUGUUCAACUUUUUAACAUGUUGCUAAUCUACCAACUAUAUAGCAACUGUACACAGUGUGUUAGCAUACACUUCCAAGUCCAUGGUAGUAAUAGAGGUUGUUACUACAGGUUCCGUGUUACUACUUAGCUAUAGUAAUUGGAGUAAUGUGGAAUCGUGUAUCGGUCUGUUGUAGUGAAGCCAGCGUGCUGAUGGUGAGUUGUAUUUAGUUGGCACAGAUGGAAACGGUUGUGGACGAGUCAGAGCUUCAGUAUUGGGACAGUGUUGCUGCAGACAUCUGAAUGGUUUUAUUUUAAUGUACUAAACAUUCAGUGGUUCCAGAUUCUCAAAUGCAAGCAUUUGCUGCCAUUCCUUGUCUUAUGUGAACCUCAAUCUCUUUAGGUUUUGGACAAGCAAUAUCAAUUUUGACAUUCUCUAGACAUAGUGAUUGAGAAAAUAAGUGGCAGAUUAAUUGAUGAUGAGCAUAUUUUUUAGUAUUACCCCUACUACAAUGACAACCAAGAGACUGCUACUUCACUGUCCCAGUAUGUAAAUGGAAAAUGACCAAGAAGCCACUAUAAAGUGAACAUUUGGAAAAAGAAAACGGGUAUCUGGUCUGGAAAAUAGCUUGCUUUAGUCCUAAUCUGUCUGUGCUUACUAGCCAUCAAAUACCAAAUGUCCAGUAUAUAGAGCGUUUUUCAGGUGGUUUAAACACCGUCUGGCAGCCAUGUUGGAGGUCUUCAGCUCUCUAGCGUGAUUUCAGCUGAUUACAUUCCUUAAUAUGCAUAUUGGUCAACAGAAUUCAAAGAACAUUUCAAGUUUCAGGUCAUAUUUUUGAUAGCUAACCAAUUGUUAUGUUAAAUUCAUAAAUUGGACACAAGCUAAUGUACAGCUCUUAGUAGAAGCUAGCAUUGUAGCACAAGAACAAAUCUAAUUUUCUAUUUUUUUGUUUGUUUGAGAAUGUUACUGAAUAUUUUCUACAGUCGCUUGACAAGUUACUUAAACACAUUUAAGUAAAUCUCUAAUUGUUAGCUCACUGUUUGGUAACACUUUAUUUGGAUAGUCCACCUAGUGAUAGAUAAACAUUUAAACUUUUUUGUUUUAUCUGUAGAUGUUUGACACAUUAUCUAUAUAUGUGACAAUUGAUGAACAUAUUCUAACCAAAAUGUUUUUUGUGUCUAAACCUAACCAAACCUGAACCACAGUGGCUUAAUAUCAGAAAACGGUUGAUGAAUCUCAACUAAUAAGCUGCUGAAGUAGGCGGACUAUCCAUAUAAAGUAUUACUCAGUAUCUUGUUUAAAAUCAUCUAAUUUGUCCUUUAGCUAAUGCAAAAUUCAGACACUAUCAUUGUAGCAUAAGAACAAAUCAAAUUCAGGAAGAUUUUACAGAAUAUUUCUACAGACACUUUACAAGAAGUCAUUUAAGCCAAAUCUCCACUAUAGACAAAGACAUUGCUAAUUGUUAGCUAAAUAUCAAAUAUUUUGUUUAAAUGAAUCUAACUUGGCCAUUAACUAAUGUAAAAUUCAGAAGUUAGCAUUAACAUACAUCCAAUUUGUCUCAAUUUGAACAUUUCUACAGACACUUUGGUGUUUUCAGCUAGCAGAGAGCUAAAUCUCUAAUAGACCUCCAUUAUGGACCCAACUGAAAAUCCUCUUUUAGCUGUGGUUACAACAGAACACAAGCGUAUCCCGCUGUGCACUGAUGUUCAUGUACGACUGCAACAAAUAUAUAAACCUGUAAAAGCUUGUAAUUUCUAAAUGUCAAAUAGCCCGAUGAGCUAAAACUCUAAACGUGUUAGCGGGUAAAUUAGCGUAACCAGCUGAAAUAGACAUAACUUCCCUGUUGCUACUAAAUACUUUAAUAGAGUGUCAUUAAAAGUCAAAUUAUUUAUGUAUUUAUUCAUUUUAAUGUUUUCAUCCUUUUUAUUUGUGACUUUAAAUAUGUCUAAACUCCCAAAUGUCCUGUUGAGCAUAUAAAACGUAUUAACAAAUAUAUUUAAUAUGCAUGUUGUUUUUUUUUUGUUGAACAUAAGAUUUAAUAGUCUGCUUUUUUUCUACUGGAACUACUUUUUCCCCCUCAGUUGGUCUGUCUCUACCGGACCAGAGUGCAUUUUAGAUGCUGUCCGUCAUCUUAUAUUUCCCUACAGGGAUCAUUAAUGUUUCAUAUUCUGUGUGACAGCAGUUUGACUCCCUGUAUGAUGACUGAAGCCUGUCGGUUUUAUAUCUGUUUUCACCCUGUUCAUUUUUAAGUGCAGGUUAACGAAUACAAUCGUGUAGCUGAUGCGAUAACAAGCGUAUGAAGCUGAAUGUUCGAGCCUGUGAAGACUCAGUAACUGUGUUAUCAAGAUCUGAGUGACGCUAACACACACACACUGAGGAUUGGACAAGUGAUUAUCAGGAAUCACAGAAAAUCAUUAUGGCAAACAUUACACAAUACAUAGGUAAAAUAAUAUCAUUCUAGAUCCAAGUUAGAUCAGAAAUCAUCAGUCCUCAGUGUGUGUGGAGGCCAUUUUUGUCUCUGAGCUGUAAGUAAGGUCAGCUGUCAGUGUGUCCCCGUACUUUAAUGUUCAGUCCUUAAUUUGAGACAAGUUGCCAAAUUUCCUACAGUAUAUGCUAAAUGAUGCCCUGCUUUUCUUUCUCUUACUUCUGAAAUUGUUUCAGAAUCUGCCUUUCAGAGGUAAAUAUUACCUAUCUGGAUAAAAUUGUCACUUGAUGCAACUACUUUCUCUCCACAUUACAAUGACACUUUUCUCUAAAGUAAGGGAGUAAGUUUAAAGUAGGGAAUAUAUCUCAUUUGGAAUGAAUGUAGCCCUGAUCCCAGACUCAUACUACAUACAGUAUCAUCUUACUGGUUGUCCACAUUAUACAUUUCACACUGAAUGGUAGGUAACUGAUGGCAGCUGGAUGCACAGUAACAAAAACAUGAUUUUAUGACCCAAAAAUGUCUCAUUUUGGUUUAUAUUUGUUAGUUUGCACCCUCCUGACAUUCUUUUUCACACAUUUCCUAUCAUCUCGUCAGAUUGCAUUUUCAACCUCUUAAACAACUUUUAUAAGCCACUGACUGAUUGAAAUGUCCAACUUUCUAAACAUUGCCAUUCACUACUGUCAUACUGUACAGGAUUUUAUUACAGUUCUGGACCAGGGCAAGAAUUAAGUUUUUCAUUUCUUAUAUUUCAUUACCUACUUUUCCCACAGUCAAGACAAAUGUUAUUAAAAUCUGAGAGCCACAGAGAGUUUGGAGUCUAGUAGCAAAAAAAAAAAAAAAAAAGUGCAGUAUUAAUGCCCCAAAGAUACAAAAAUGUUAAUAUGUGAUGAUGAUGCAAUUCUCUAAUUAAUUGCCCUUCUGAUAAGAUUCUAAUAAGGUUAUGUUUUCCAUUUGUUCCUCUGUGUGUGUAUGGCCAAAAGGUUGGAAAUUUACAUCAGACACCAGGGAAACAUGAAUGAAUAAUCUGCUUUUGGAAGAACUUGCCCUGAUCCUGAUAUUAUAUAAAAUAUAUAAUUAUUUAUCAAUGCAACAGAGACAAACAUAUAGUCGAAUAUUCAGCACUAACUAUAUUAAUGACUCAUGCUCACAUGACUUACGUGAUUAAGUGACUUUUUUGUAAUUUCUAGCUGACAUACUAAUAAAGUUUCCUUUGUUUUUAUUUGAUUUUUUAUCAAAACAGCACAUGAAUGUAAAAUCGUCAACUCAGACAGUGAAAUUUCCCACCAGCCUUGAACACAUCACAGUUAAAGCUAAGUGGACAGACGGACUUUCCAUCUAAUUUCAGUCAUAUUUGCUCCUGAACGUUUGAGGAUUCUUGCUGAAAAACGACCAUAAAACAGUUUUUAAGUACAUUUUUAAGUGUAUAAGAGGGGCACUUUAACUUCAUUACCCAGAGGGUAUCAGACUUCUCUAUUAGUCCUGUCUGUGGUACUAGAAGUAAUGGCAACCUGUUUUUUAUUUUUAUUUGUGGGCUGACGGGUUUCUUUACCUCCGGCUCCUGAGAAUCCUGUACUUUGUUUUUAUGUUCCUGAAUACUAACUGUCUCCUAUUUUCUAUGUAUACCAGCUGUUUUGGCUAAAUAAUAAAAUCGUAGCAUACGAUGUGCAUCCGAUGACUAACGACA